AUUACGAAGUUGAAACUUAUGCGUCGUGGCUUUUUGGAAACAGUUUAGGAAAUACAAAUUAGAAGUAUUCAAAAUGAGUCAAGAGAAGGUCCAUGUCCACAACAAGGCGACGAAGACAAUAGUUUCUUCACCGAACAUAUACAAGCCCGUUGGACCUUACAGCCAGGCCAUCCUCGUGGACAAUAAGACACUGUACGUGUCAGGCACGCUGGGCCUGGAUGCCCAGGCACAGCUCGUUUGCGGCGGCGCCGAGGCCGAAACGAGGCAGGCGCUCACCAACAUGAAGCACGUGCUGGAGGCCGGCGGCGCUUCGCUGGAGUCCGUCGUCAAGACCACCAUCCUACUGCAGGACAUGGCGGACUUCCAAGUCGUCAAUCAGGUUUACUCAGAAUUUUUCCCUAAAGACUGUCCAGCGCGUGCGACGUAUCAGGUGGCCAAGCUGCCCGCGGGCGCGUCCGUCGAGAUUGAAGCCAUCGCGCUCAGCGGGGACCUCGUCGUCGCCGAGGCGGGCCCGUGCCCCUGCUCGAAAGAAUGACUAGCCGGAGACCACAAAAUUACAUCCAAAAUAUAAAAUUGUACUAUGUUCUCACGUGAAUAUAUACGAGUUUUAUUUUAACUCUCCGAGACUUU